AAUUUGAUCGGAUGAUUCAUGCGCUUUUCGGAAAAGAAUAUACCCGGUAGUUUAAAUCAUUCGUUGCAAAUCAAAAUGGCGGACGAAGUGGAUGAUACAAUUUUUGGCAAAAUUGUGCGGAAAGAAAUACCCGCUAAAUUCUUACACGAAGACGAACAGUGUGUAGUGAUAAAAGAUAUUCAUCCGCAAGCUCCUCAUCACUUCCUGGUCGUCUCGGUAAAAGAGUUGAGGAAGCUUGAAGAUGCUGCCGAGACAGACCAAAAGUUACUUGGUCACAUGAUGUGGGUUGCUACAAAAGUUGCCAAAGAGAUAGGAAUCACUAAUGGUUACAGAAUAGUUAUCAACGACGGGCACGAUGGAGGCCAAAAUGUAUACCAUCUCCAUCUACAUGUGCUAGGAGGAAGGAAAAUGAAUUGGCCACCGGGAUAAUAGAGCCAUCUGUGUACAUCUUUUUUGAACAAACAUUACGUUUUUAGGGUUCGUGUUAACUGUAUAGUACAGCUUAAAUCUUAACAGCAUAGUAGCUGACUAUACAUUAUACAGAAUACAAAAGUAAUGUUUUAUGAGUAACGCCAAAAACUGUGUUUCACUUUUUGUUCACAAUUAUUUAUUAUAUGAUUGUCUUAUGUUACAUUAAUGUAAAGAGGACUUUAAGCUGGAGGAAUGAUUCAAACUAUCAUAUUUUGGACAAAACAAUGACUCGUUUUGAUCAUUAGACACAUUAUUUGUCAUAUUCAUAACUUAAAGUCAUAUUCGUUUGUUUUCCAACUUGCAAUAAUUAUCAUGGCUUUUCUAGCUGGAUAUAUGUAGGUCGUGAUAUUA